AUGGGAUAUCCGCGCACCAGUUAUGCGUCCAGUAAGUGGGGGGUCAGGGAUCGCACCGCUGACCAUCAGCACCGUCUCUCCCAAUUCAUCGGAGGCACCUAUGCCGAGACCAACCUGUCAUCCGUCCUGAUCAAGGCCCGCUGUGACGAUGUCAGGCUCGAAAUGUGGUCUGCUCCAGGUCACACCAAGCCCACGUUUGACGAAGCAAAGUCCAAGCUCGAUGGAGAUACCAAUCACUGGAUCAAGAUAACCAUGACCAUUCCCGAAAGCUGGGCUCAACAGCCGGUUGAACUCCAUUUUGACCCGUCCUGCGAGGCGAUGAUCUUUGAUCAUUCGGGCGAUUCUCUCCAAGGCAUCACGGGUGGGUUCGACUACAAUCGUCGAGUCGAAUGGAUUGUACCCGCCGCCGAAGUCGCCCAAGGCAAGUGUGUGAGGUAUAUCGAGGUCACAGCGAAUGGCAUGUUUGGUUUGCAGCCCUCGGAUCAAGCCGAUCCCAAUGUCUAUUACACGCUCAAAACAGCGGACAUUGUCCUCCCCAACAUCGAGGCCCAGGCCCUGGCCCACGACUUUGAGAUCCUCCAGCAACUCGCCACGACUCUGCCUGAAAAGUCGCCCGUCGGAAACAAAGCCCGAGCCGUCGCGAAUGACAUUAUGAAUAUGUGGCGAGGUCGCCCUGAAGACGUUGCACGAGGCCGAGAGAUGGCGCAGCAAGUCUUUGGCAAAGAUUGGGAAGGUCAAGUCUCCGAGAAGCAACAAGAUGGGGACGCUUGGGCCAUCGGAUACUGCCACAUUGACACAGCUUGGCUUUGGCCAUGGUCCUCGACCAAGCAAAAGAUUGCCCGAUCGUGGUCCUCCCAGCUCGACCUGAUGGAUAGAUACCCUGAAUUCAGGUUCAUGGCCACGGCCGCUCAGCACUUUUCAUGGCUCGAGGAACUUUAUCCAAAGUUGUUCAAACGGGUCCAGGAGAAAGUCAAGUCGGGGCAGUUUGGUAAAAUCAACGGCGGAUGCUGGGUUGAGACGGAUGGCAAUUUACCCAGCGGCGAGUCUCUCUGCAGGCAAUUCCUCUACGGGCAGAGAUACUUCAGGUCCAGAUUUGGAAAGACUACCGAUACGUUGAUCCUGCCUGAUUCUUUCGGAUUCGGACCGACUAUUCCUCAAAUCGCUCGUCUCGGAGGAUGUCAAUACUAUUUCUCCAAUCGGGUCGGCCUAAUGGCAGUUGACCCCUUCCCGUACACCUCGUUCAAUUGGGUCGGCUUGGACGGCUCUCAGCUGCUCUCCCACGUGACGCCCAUCACGCGAUACGAUUCCCUCGCGACCAUUGAGGAGAUCACUCGCGCUCACUCUGGACACAAGAAUCAAGAGUCGUCUCCCGAUUCCGUCAUUGCGUUUGGACACGGGGACGGUGGUGGUGGGCCACGUCCACUUCUCCUCGAACGUCUUCGACGGGCUCGUGCCGCCGGCCAAUUGUCAAAUGGGCAGAGUGCAGAGAUGCCUCUGGUCAGACAGUGUGCCACACUGUCUGACUUUUUCAAGCAUGUCCAAAAGACGACGAGAGAUGGGACCGAGCUACCGGAUUGGAACGGCGAGCUAUACCUUGAAAACAUGCGCGGCACAUUCACCACGCAGUCCAAUACCAAACGAAACUUUAGAAAGUCGGAAAACCUGUUGCGCGAGGCCGAGCUGUUCUCGACCCUGGCUUCGAUUCACACGGGCUACUCGUAUCCCAAGGAGCGCCUUGACAAGACGUACCAGGCACUCUGCCUCUGCAUGUUCCACGACACUCUCCCGGGCAGUUCGAUCCGACUCGCAGUGGAAGACUAUGAUCGCGAAUUCGCAAAGAUCCAAAUGGCAGCGACUGAGAUGAAGGACAGUGCCAUCCGAGCCCUUCAGAGCAGGACCACUGGAUCCACCAAGGCCGUCAUCAACACGUUGCCCGGUCUGUCCCGGAGUGAAGUGGUAGAGAUCAGCGGAGGCGACUACAAGGUCAUCACUGCCGGAGUAGGGGAUCUUCACGGCAGAGAAGUGGCGGUCCAAGCGGAUCAAGCGGUAUCUGUCGAUUGCAUCGAGGGCGAAGCAGUGCUUCAGAACGCCUCGCUACGGGUCAAGAUCGCACACGGCAGAAUCACAAGCAUCUGGGAUAUCGCCCAAAAGCGCGAGAUCCUUUCCCCUGGCUGUACUGCUGGAUUCCGACUCCACGAGGAUCAUCCCGUCGAGGGAGAUGCUUGGCAAAUUGACCAAUUUGACCUCGACGACUAUGAUGACCUCGCCUUUUCUUCAUGCACCGUUACAUGCUCGGGACCGGCCCGAGCUACCGUGGAGUGUCAGUUGAAGAUCGGCAAGAGCGAUGCGGUCGUGCGCAUUUCACUCGACGCCUGUCCGGCUUCCACCGCUGUCAGUGCUCGCAGCCUCCUUCGAUUCGACUGCCAGGUCGACUGGCACGAACGACAUCAAUUGCUUAAAUUCACCUUGCCCCUGUCUUUCCAUGCGGAUUACGCGACGUACGACGCGGCGUUCGGUGUGCAUCGACGACCCACGACCAGGAACAACUCGUGGGAGACCGCCAAGUUUGAGGGAACUGGUCACAAAUUCGCAGACUACAGCGAGUUCGGUUACGGUGUCGCCAUCCUGAACGACUGCAAGUAUGGUUAUGCCGCUCAGGGGAAUCUCCUAUCCCUCAGCUUGCUCCGAGGUACGAACUCGCCAGAUGGCGAGGCAGAUCAAGGAGGUCACCGAUUCUCAUUCGCCGUCUAUCCGCAUGAAGGGACUUAUGCCGAGAGCGAUGUCCAGGUGGUCGCUCAUGCGUUCAAUAAUCCGUUACAAGUCGUCAAAUCCCCUCUUGUCUCAGACUUUUCGACGCUUCCAUUCAGGCUCGAAGGGGCUCGCAACGUCCUCAUGGAAAGUAUCAAGCGUGGGGAGGACGAUUUUGAUGCGCAUUCAUUUGUCGAGCACAAGGGAUCCAAGACGGUCAUUCUACGUCUUCACGAGCACAUGGGAGGUCGGGCGAUCACGAAAUUGGUCUUGAGCAAGAUUCAAGUCAGCAAAGCUGAGCUGGUCAACGUCCUCGAGGACAGCUUGGAGGAUCUCGACGUCAAGACGGAUGAGGAGAGUGAAGAGAUUGACCUAGAGUUCAGAAGCUUCGAGAUCAAGACUGUAAAGUUGACCCUUGUAUGA